AUGUUCAAAUCAUCAACUAUCUUUGCUACCCUUGCCAUCAUUCUCUUUGCCUGUGCUGUUGCUCAAGCUGGAAUUACUAGUAUUGUUCAAGAUGGAAAGAAACUUACAAUCAAUUACAGUCCAAUGACGAUGAUUUGGUUUGAGGAAGAGCUUCUUUUGGGUGGUGUCGAUACCAACAUUGCACCAUACUGUAUUGCCAAGUAUGGUUGGUCUCCAUUAGUUUGCAAUUUACCAUCAGUUCCAGCUUGUGAUUCUAUCCGUCUCUACGGUGCUACUGGGGCCGGUGGUUCAAACAUUGAUAUGAAUAGAGAAAGAGAGAUGAAAUCAACAUUAAAUGAUAGUAGCAAGACUGUUGAAAGGGAUGGGAAGAAGGUGACCCUAUCCUUUCAAGACAGAGUUCAAGAUCAAUUCAUCGAACUUGUAUCUGACUUCUUUUAUACUAUCAUGCUCAUCAUAACUGUAUUUGUAUUUCCAUGGAGAGCAAAACAAACAUUAUUUGAUUUAAAGAUAAGUGCAUAUGAUGAAUGGAAAGAUAUUAUUGGUACAGAAUUCUAUGAGGGAGGUACUGAAUUUUGUAGUUUUAUGGGUUUAUUAUUAUUGAACUGGCCUGUUGUAUUUAAAACUCUUUGGUAUUUAAAUACUGAACAUGAAGAUAAAUCAACAUGGGCACAAAUAUUUUAUAGAGAAUUUGUUGAAAAGAAUAUAAAAAAGGAUGAUAAAGAAUUGGAUAAGGAAAUAUUAAUUAAUCCAACAACUACAUCAACAACUACGACUACAACUAGUGCAAAUACAAAACAAUCACCAAAUACAACAAGAAAGACUAAAAGUGAUGUUGAAUGGAAAUCAGAUUUUAGAAGAGACUUGCAAAAUAUUGGUUUUGAAUUUGAUUCAAAUGGAGAGAUUUCUAAAUUCCCACCAACAGAAGUAAUGGAAGAAUAUCAAAGAUCAACUAGAUUUAAAGAUUUAAUUUUAUCUGCUGGUAGUGGUAGUAGUAGUAGUAGUAGUGGAAGCGGAAGUGGUAACAAAGAUGACAUUCAUAUUAAAGAUAUUUCACAACACCAAGCUGAACAACAACUUUUAAAAAAACAACAACAACAACAAAUGGAAAAAGAAAAAGAAAAAGAAAUUCAAAUACAACCAAAACAAAAACAUACAUCUGUAAAAAAGAAAAAGAAUAAAUAG